AUGGCAGCGCGGCUGCUCGCACCACCAGGCCCUGAUAGUUUCAAGCCUUUCACCCCUGAGUCACUGGCCAACAUUGAGAGGCGCAUUGCCGAGAGCAAGCUCAAGAAACCGCCAAAGGCCGAUAGCAGUCAUCGGGAAGAUGACGAGGACAGCAAGCCCAAGCCAAACAGUGACCUGGAAGCGGGGAAGAGUUUGCCUUUCAUCUAUGGGGACAUCCCCCAAGGCCUGGUUGCGGUUCCCCUGGAGGACUUUGACCCGUACUAUUUGACGCAGAAAACCUUUGUAGUAUUAAACAGAGGGAAAACUCUCUUCAGAUUUAGUGCCACGCCUGCCUUGUACAUUUUAAGUCCUUUUAACCUGAUAAGAAGAAUAGCUAUUAAAAUUUUGAUACAUUCAGUAUUUAGCAUGAUCAUUAUGUGCACUAUUUUGACCAACUGUGUAUUCAUGACUUUUAGUAACCCUCCUGACUGGUCGAAGAAUGUGGAGUACACGUUCACAGGGAUUUAUACAUUUGAAUCACUAGUGAAAAUCAUUGCAAGAGGUUUCUGCAUAGAUGGCUUUACCUUUUUACGGGAUCCGUGGAACUGGUUAGAUUUCAGUGUCAUCAUGAUGGCAUAUGUGACAGAGUUUGUGGACCUGGGCAAUGUCUCAGCGCUGAGAACAUUCAGGGUUCUGCGAGCUUUGAAAACUAUCUCUGUAAUUCCAGGCCUGAAGACCAUCGUGGGCGCCCUAAUUCAGUCCGUGAAGAAGCUGUCAGAUGUGAUGAUCUUGACAGUGUUCUGCCUGAGUGUCUUUGCCUUGAUCGGACUGCAGCUCUUCAUGGGAAACCUGCGGAACAAGUGUGUGGUGUGGCCCAUAAACUUCAACGAGAGCUAUCUUGAAAACGGCACCAAGGGCUUUGACUGGGAAGAGUACAUCAACAAUAAAACAAAUUUUUACACAGUUCCUGGCAUGCUGGAACCUUUACUCUGUGGGAACAGUUCUGAUGCUGGGCAAUGCCCAGAGGGAUACCAGUGUAUGAAAGCAGGAAGGAACCCCAACUAUGGUUACACAAGCUUUGACACCUUUAGCUGGGCCUUCUUGGCAUUGUUUCGCCUUAUGACCCAGGACUACUGGGAAAACUUGUAUCAAUUAACCUUAAGAGCAGCUGGGAAGACGUACAUGAUCUUCUUCGUCUUGGUCAUCUUUGUGGGUUCUUUCUAUCUGGUGAACUUGAUCUUGGCUGUGGUGGCCAUGGCUUAUGAAGAACAGAAUCAGGCAACACUGGAGGAAGCAGAGCAGAAAGAGGCUGAAUUCAAAGCAAUGUUGGAGCAACUUAAGAAGCAGCAGGAAGAGGCACAGGCGGCGGCGAUGGCCACUUCAGCAGGAACUGUCUCAGAAGAUGCCAUAGAGGAAGAAGGUGAAGAAGGGGCAGGCUCUCCCCGGAGCUCAUCUGAAAUCUCUAAGCUCAGUUCCAAGAGUGCCAAAGAGAGACGUAACAGGAGAAAGAAGAGGAAACAAAAGGAGCUCUCUGAAGGGGAAGAGAAAGGGGAUCCCGAGAAGGUGUUCAAGUCAGAGUCAGAAGAUGGUAUGAGGAGGAAGGGCUUUCGGCUACCAGACAACAGAAUUGGGAGGAAAUUUUCCAUCAUGAAUCAGUCACUGCUCAGCAUUCCGGGCUCCCCAUUCCUGUCCCGCCACAACAGCAAAAGCAGCAUCUUCAGCUUCAGGGGGCCCGGGCGGUUCCGGGACCCGGGCUCCGAGAACGAGUUUGCGGACGACGAGCACAGCACGGUGGAGGAGAGCGAGGGCCGCCGGGACUCGCUCUUCAUCCCCAUCCGAGCCCGCGAGCGCCGCAGCAGCUACAGCGGCUACAGCGGCUACAGCCAGGGCAGCCGCUCCUCGCGCAUCUUCCCCAGCCUGCGUCGCAGCGUCAAGCGCAACAGCACGGUGGACUGCAACGGGGUGGUGUCCCUCAUCGGCGGCCCCGGCUCCCACAUCAGCGGGCGUCUCCUGCCAGAGGUGAAAAUAGAUAAGGCAGCUACUGAUGACAGUGCUACAACCGAGGUGGAAAUUAAGAAGAAAGGCCCCGGAUCUCUCUUAGUUUCCAUGGACCAAUUGGCCUCCUAUGGGCGGAAGGACAGGAUCAACAGUAUAUUGAGCGUUGUUACAAAUACACUGGUAGAAGAGCUGGAAGAGUCUCAGAGAAAGUGCCCGCCAUGCUGGUAUAAAUUUGCCAACACUUUCCUCAUCUGGGAGUGUCAUCCCUACUGGAUAAAGCUGAAAGAGAUUGUAAACUUGAUCGUCAUGGACCCUUUUGUGGACUUGGCCAUCACCAUCUGCAUUGUCCUGAAUACACUGUUUAUGGCAAUGGAGCACCAUCCUAUGACGCCACAGUUUGAACAUGUCUUGGCUGUAGGAAAUCUGGUUUUCACUGGAAUUUUCACAGCGGAAAUGUUCCUGAAGCUCAUAGCCAUGGAUCCCUACUAUUAUUUCCAAGAAGGUUGGAACAUUUUUGAUGGAUUUAUUGUCUCCCUCAGUUUAAUGGAACUGAGUCUAGCAGACGUGGAGGGGCUUUCGGUGCUGCGAUCUUUCCGAUUGCUCCGAGUCUUCAAACUGGCCAAAUCCUGGCCCACCCUGAACAUGCUGAUCAAGAUUAUUGGAAAUUCAGUGGGUGCCCUGGGCAACCUGACCCUGGUGCUGGCCAUUAUUGUUUUCAUCUUUGCUGUGGUGGGAAUGCAACUCUUUGGAAAGAGCUACAAAGAGUGUGUCUGCAAGAUCAACCAGGACUGUGAACUCCCUCGCUGGCACAUGCAUGACUUUUUUCAUUCUUUCCUCAUUGUCUUUCGAGUGUUGUGCGGGGAGUGGAUCGAGACUAUGUGGGACUGCAUGGAGGUGGCCGGCCAGGCCAUGUGCCUCAUUGUCUUCAUGAUGGUCAUGGUUAUUGGCAACUUGGUGGUGCUGAACCUGUUUCUGGCCUUGCUCCUGAGCUCCUUCAGUGCUGACAACUUGGCAGCCACAGAUGAUGAUGGGGAAAUGAACAACCUGCAAAUCUCAGUAAUCCGGAUCAAGAAGGGCGUGGCUUGGACCAAACUGAAAGUGCGCGCCUUCAUGCAGGCCCACUUCAAGCAGCGCGAGGCCGAUGAAGUGAAACCUCUGGAUGAGCUGUACGAAAAGAAGGCCAACUGUAUCGCCAACCACACUGGCGCCGACAUCCACCGGAACGGUGACUUCCAGAAGAAUGGCAAUGGCACAACCAGCGGCAUCGGCAGCAGCGUGGAGAAGUACAUCAUUGAUGAGGACCACAUGUCCUUCAUCAACAAUCCCAACCUGACCGUGAGAGUGCCCAUCGCGGUAGGCGAGUCUGAUUUUGAGAACCUCAACACCGAGGACGUCAGCAGCGAGUCGGAUCCUGAAGGCAGCAAAGAUAAACUGGAUGACACUAGCUCCUCUGAAGGCAGCACCAUUGAUAUCAAACCAGAAGUAGAAGAAGUCCCUGUGGAACAGCCUGAGGAAUACUUGGAUCCAGAUGCCUGUUUCACAGAAGGCUGUGUCCAGAGAUUCAAGUGCUGCCAGGUCAACAUUGAGGAAGGGCUGGGCAAGUCUUGGUGGAUCCUGCGGAAAACCUGCUUUCUCAUUGUGGAGCACAAUUGGUUUGAGACCUUCAUCAUCUUCAUGAUUCUGCUCAGCAGUGGCGCCCUGGCCUUCGAGGACAUCUACAUUGAGCAGAGAAAGAGCAUUCGUACCAUCCUGGAGUACGCUGACAAAGUCUUCACCUAUAUCUUCAUCCUGGAGAUGUUGCUCAAGUGGAUAGCCUAUGGCUUCGUCAAGUUCUUCACCAAUGCCUGGUGCUGGCUGGACUUCCUCAUCGUGGCUGUCUCUUUAGUCAGCCUUAUAGCUAAUGCCCUGGGCUACUCGGAACUAGGUGCCAUAAAGUCCCUUAGGACCCUAAGAGCUUUGAGACCCUUAAGAGCCUUAUCACGAUUUGAAGGGAUGAGGGUGGUGGUGAAUGCCUUGGUGGGCGCCAUCCCCUCCAUCAUGAAUGUGCUGCUGGUGUGUCUCAUCUUCUGGCUGAUUUUCAGCAUCAUGGGAGUUAACCUGUUUGCCGGAAAGUACCACUACUGCUUUAAUGAGUCUUCUGAAAUCCGAUUUGAAAUUGAAGAUGUCAACAAUAAAACUGAGUGUGAAAAGCUCAUGGAGGGGAACAAUACAGAAAUCAGAUGGAAGAACGUGAAGAUCAACUUUGACAACGUCGGGGCAGGAUAUCUGGCGCUUCUUCAAGUGGCAACCUUCAAAGGCUGGAUGGACAUCAUGUAUGCAGCUGUAGAUUCCCGAAAGCCUGAUGAGCAGCCUAAGUAUGAGGACAACAUCUACAUGUACAUCUACUUUGUCAUCUUCAUCAUCUUCGGCUCCUUCUUCACCCUGAACCUGUUCAUUGGUGUCAUCAUUGAUAACUUCAAUCAACAAAAGAAAAAGUUUGGAGGUCAAGACAUCUUCAUGACCGAAGAACAGAAGAAGUACUACAAUGCCAUGAAAAAGCUGGGCUCAAAGAAACCACAGAAACCCAUCCCCCGCCCCCUGAACAAAAUCCAAGGUAUCAUCUUUGAUUUUGUCACUCAACAAGCCUUUGACAUUGUUAUCAUGAUGCUCAUCUGCCUUAACAUGGUGACAAUGAUGGUGGAGACAGAUACACAGAGCAAGCAGAUGGAGAACAUUCUCUACUGGAUUAACCUGGUCUUUGUCAUCUUCUUCACCUGUGAGUGUGUGCUCAAAAUGUUUGCCUUGAGGCACUACUACUUCACCAUUGGCUGGAACAUCUUCGACUUCGUGGUGGUCAUCCUCUCCAUUGUGGGAAUGUUCCUGGCUGAUAUAAUUGAGAAAUACUUUGUUUCCCCAACCCUGUUCCGAGUCAUCCGAUUGGCCCGUAUUGGGCGCAUCUUGCGUCUGAUCAAAGGCGCCAAAGGGAUUCGUACCCUGCUCUUUGCCUUAAUGAUGUCCUUACCUGCUCUGUUCAACAUCGGCCUUCUGCUCUUCCUGGUCAUGUUCAUCUUCUCCAUCUUUGGGAUGUCCAAUUUUGCAUAUGUAAAGCACGAGGCUGGCAUUGAUGACAUGUUCAACUUUGAGACAUUCGGCAACAGCAUGAUCUGCCUAUUUCAGAUCACAACCUCGGCCGGUUGGGACGGCCUGCUGCUGCCCAUCCUAAACCGCCCCCCCGACUGCAGUCUGGAUAAGGAACACCCAGGGAGUGGCUUUAAAGGGGACUGCGGGAACCCCUCAGUGGGCAUCUUCUUCUUUGUGAGCUACAUCAUCGUCUCCUUCCUGAUCGUGGUGAACAUGUACAUUGCCAUCAUCUUGGAGAACUUCAGCGUAGCCACGGAGGAAAGUGCAGACCCUCUGAGUGAGGAUGACUUUGAGACCUUCUAUGAGAUCUGGGAGAAGUUCGACCCCGAUGCCACCCAGUUCAUCGAGUAUAGUAAGCUGGCAGACUUUGCAGAUGCCUUGGAGCAUCCUCUCCGAGUGCCCAAGCCCAACACCAUAGAGCUCAUUGCCAUGGAUCUACCAAUGGUCAGCGGGGAUCGCAUCCACUGCUUGGACGUCCUUUUUGCCUUCACCAAGCGGGUCCUGGGAGACAGCGGAGAGUUGGACAUCCUUCGGCAGCAGAUGGAGGAGAGGUUCGUGGCAUCCAAUCCUUCCAAAAUGUCUUACGAGCCAAUCACGACCACGCUGCGGCGCAAGCAGGAAGAGGUGUCAGCAGUGGUCCUGCAGCGGGCCUACCGGGGACAUUUAGCAAGGCGGGGCUUCAUUUGCAAAAAGACAACUUCCAAUAAGCUGGAGAAUGGAGGCACCCACCGGGAGAAAAAAGAGAGCACCCCUUCUACAGCCUCCCUCCCAUCCUAUGACAGUGUAACUAAACCCGAGAAGGAGAAACAGCAACGGGCAGAGGAAGGAAGAAGGGAAAGAGCCAAAAGACAAAAAGAGGUCAGAGAAUCCAAGUGUUAG